CAGAAUUUCCGUGCGCGCGCGCUUUCCCUCUUUCCCCAUCUCUCUCUAUAUAUUAAUCAUCCAUUGGCUUCAGCUAGAAUGCGUUUCACAUUCGUUCUUCUUCUAUUAGAAUCCUUUUGUCUUUAGUCGAUUCAGAGAUGAUUGCCGUUCGCAACCGACAUUUCAUCAGGAGCUCUUCGCCGCCGGAGAUCGGCCCAGGGGGCUCAGCGCCGACGAAUUUGGGGUUUCUGAAGCUCUCGGUGCCUAAUCGUAGUGCAAAGAGCUUGGCGCUAGUUAGUGGAGAUGCAAAAUGGAGUUCUCUCGUCUCGGUUAAGGCAAUGGAAGGGUUUGAAAAGCCGAGUGGCGAUGGUGAAACUGAAGAGAAUUUCGCUCCAGAAUUGCACCAAUCCGACUCCAUUACAAGUGAUGACGCAUUGAGAAUGGCUUGCGAUGGUAAAAGUUGCCGGUUUUCUACCUUCAGAAAUUCAACAAACAUUGCUUGGCAUAAGAAUCCCGUUGAGAAAAUUGAUAUGCGGGAGUCACUUCAACAGAGGGGUUGUGUCAUAUGGAUCACAGGUCUCAGUGGUUCAGGCAAGAGCACUUUGGCAUCUGCUUUAAGUCGAGGCUUGCACUCCAGAGGAAAGCUGACCUAUGUCCUAUAUGGUGAUAAUGCUCGUCAUGGUCUGAACUAUGAUCUUAAUUUUAAAGAAGAGGAUCGUGCAGAAAACAUCCAAAGAAUUGGGGAGGUGGCGAAGCUUUUUGCAGAUGCUGGAUUUAUUUGCAUUACUAGUUUAAUAUCUCCCUACAGAAAGGACCGAGAUGCCUGCCGUGCACUGCUACCAGGAGGAGAAUUCAUCGAGGUGUUUAUGGAUGUCCCUCUUAAAGUAUGUGAAGCAAGGGACCCUAAGGGCCUCUACAAGCUUGCUCGAGCUGGAAAAAUUAAAGGUUUUACAGGGAUUAAUGAUCCAUAUGAGCCACCAUUGAAUUCUGAGAUAGUGUUGCAACAGGAAGAAGAGGCCUGUACUCCAGAUGAAAUGGCUGCAACAGUGAUAUCUUACUUGGAGGAGAAAGGUUAUCUUGGUGCCUGAUUCACCAAGUCUAGUCCUCCAGGGUCAUCAAUUGCAAUAACUGACUGGACAGUGGACACUUGAAGUACCAUUUCAUAUACCUUGAUUGAAUAUGAAGUUUUGCAAGUUUAUAGUAGCACGAGCCAUAGCCAUAGCCAUAUAGUUGAGGGUCUGCAAUUGUCCCCUCAAUUUUGUGAAAAAUACAUAUUAGUGUUUGAACACAAAAUAAUACAUAUUAGUGUUUGAACACAAAAUAUUUUUCCCAAAAUUGGCCCCCUUUAAUACAUACCUUGUAGGUCCUUUUUUAAAAACAAAAAUAAUAAUAAGUACUAAACAAAAGAAAAAAGAAAAGAAAAUCAACGAUAUUCCUUAUACUUUAAGGAUUAUAGAAGAAAUAAUGAUACUAUAUUUGAUAAGUAAUUAUUGGAGGAAUGAUUGUUUGAUCAGGUAUUAUGGAAGGGAUGUCUUUUUAAGCAAUUGAGUAAUAUAUUAUAUAAACAUAAGAUUUAUAAGGUUAACAGUUGAUUCCUAUAAAACUUACUUAUUAGUUAAUAAUUAUUAUUUUUAUUUUGGUUUGAUAAGAAUAAAAUAAUUGUUAUUAAGAGUGAUGAGUUCUUAUAAGAUUUCAUCUUUAAUUUGUAAUAGGUGUAACUAGUAAUAUAGUUAUAUUAUACCUGUGAUAGGUGUAACUAGUAAUACCUGUGAUAACAACCCUAAUCUAGAUUAUAUAUAUUAUAUAGUUAGUUCUAGUAUUUCUACUAGUAAAAAAUAUUAUAUAAGUGAGUAAAUUAAAAAAUAAAAGGGAAAAAUGGAGUGUUAGUACGUUCAAAUUGGUGUAACAAUCCCAUUAAAAAAAAUUAAUUUAUUCGAACUCGACAAACAAAAAAAUAAAUUUAAUUCGGUUCAUGGUUUAUUAUAUUU